AUGGCUCUUAUUGAACGCUACCCGUACAUCCUCAACAUUGUUGUCCUGCUCCCAGUCUGUGCCCUGCUGUGGACCGGCCUUGCCGAGGAGCACCUGUUCGAGGGCAAGUUUGGGACGUGGUCCGACAACUUUGCCGCACUCCUUGCCGCCAUGUGGACAGCCGUCCUCAUCGUCUCCUUCAUCGGCCUCUACGCUCCGCACGCAUGCAAGGCUCUUGUCCUCAUGCAGGUUGUCUACAAGACCAUCUUCCUUGUCCUCAUCGCUUAUCCGCAGAUCGCUGCUGCCGGCUUCGCCUCGGUCCCGCUCGCCGUCUACGGCGUCUUUUUCGUCAUGGCCACCUCCUACACCCCUUGGCUCAUCUCCAUGCACAACGGCUGCACCGAUGCCGAUGCCAAGGCCAAGUCGGCCUCGAGCUCAACCACGGCCAACCAAGGCGCUUCUCCGACAGCAGCAGCCGGCUCUGUGGCCAAGUCUGUCCGCCCUGUCACCGUCACGCUCUGGGUCCACAAGCAGAGCGAGUACGAAGGCGCUGAUGUGGUGGUCAACCUCAACCACUUGGCCGGCUUUGGUCCUGGGGACAUGGUUGCCAUCGCAUCGGUUGAAGCCACCGACGAUGCCGCCAACACAGAGCAUGCUGCUGCUACCAGCCCGUCGGGCAACGGCGCUGACCCCGACACAGCCUCGUUUCCCUCCUCUCGCCGCAGCUCGGUGGCAGGUGUCAAGCAGGAUGGUGAUGGCUCGCCGGAAGAAGGCGCCCAUGCCGGUGCGACUAGUGAUGAUGAUGCCGCCGCCGGCGCGCAGGUCCUGUACCACUCGAUCCGGCCGACCGCGGCUGGUCUCACCAAGCGGUCGAACCUGCGGAUCUCGGUGAGUCGCGCAGUUGCAAGCGCCUUUGGCCUCCGCGACCGGCAGCAGGUCCGCAUCACCAAGCUCAGCUCGAACGAGCUCGACCGGGUCCAGGUCGACCACGUCGAAGUCACCUUCAAGUCGCAGUACAUCGGGCGAUCCGACAUGUGGCGGUUCAUGGGCGCCAUGGCCCGCGACGCCCCGUGCGUCUACACCGGCAAGUCGCUCACUUGCGUCGGCAUUACCGUCUCCGUCCGCUCUAUGAUCCGCGGUGGCGCGAGCGUGCUCUCAGGCGUUGUCACGCACAAGACCAAGUUUACUGUCCGCUCGUACUCGGCCCAGGUGUUCAUCCUCGUCCAGAUGGCUGCCGAGAUGUGGGAGUGGCACCCGACCUCGGGCGAUUUGCUCUUUGAAAAAGCCACUCGCUUCCUUGAGGAGCUCUGCACCCGCUGGGUCGCCGAAGGCUGCCAGCACGCUGUCUCCAUCGUACUCUUUGCCCGCCUGCACACCGACAACGUCGCAGACGCGCUCGGCGCCCCGCCGCUCGCCCCGCACUUUGACGUCUACAAGCUCCUCGUCGACACCGAGACCCGCUCCUCGUGGGACUCGCUCAUUGUCCGUCUCAAGGCUGAGUUCUGCUCCUUUGUCGCCUCGGCCCGCCUCUUUCUCAUUCGCAAGCACGCUGCCGACUCCCCGGCCGCCGCCGCCGUCCUUGAGGCCGCUCUCUCGUCGCCGCGCUCCUUCAUCUCGCUUGCCCGCGAGGGCAACAUCCUCGAGGCCAUCAACCUCUGCCUCAACGUCUUUGACCAGCACAACGUCGACCGCAACAUGGUCCGCACCGGACAGUCCAUCAUCAUUGUCUCGCCGGGCACCGCCGUCUUCUCUGUCGACAACUCGCUCGCACUCCUCACUAAGCACCGCAUGAUCGACAACGGCGUCGGCGCUGAAAUCCUCUGCCUCGCCCCACCGCCACUCCACGCUGUUCCGCUCUUCCUCCUCGAAGAGCCCGACGUGCUCCACGGCAAGCUCCGCGCCAAGGCUCCGUACUGGCUUGCUGUCUCGUUCUUUGAAAUCGACGCAGCACCCGGCAGGGUCCGCCCGCUCCAGCGUCUCCCGCACGCCACAGCCCCGGCUGUCGGGCCGAACCCGGUCGUCGAUCCCUCGCUCCGUGGCCACAGCUCACUUGGUGGCCACCUUGCCUCCUCGCUCCGUACCCUCGCCAUGACCCACCUCUCCACCCGCGUCAUCAACGCCCGCCUUCCCUUUUCCGGGGAGUCCAACAUCUCUGGCGACGUUCUUCUCGGCUCCUCUGUUGGCUCCUCCGUCGGCCAGUGGGAGUCACCCGAGGCCGCCGCUGCCGCCUCCGCCGCCGCAUCCUCCUUUGCCCACCACUCGUUCAAUCUCCGUCGCCCGCGCGACUCACGCGUCCACGAGCCUGACGUCCUUGCCUCGUUUGCCUCGUUUGAUGCUGCUGUCUUUGGCUGCUCAGUCCCUGGCCCGUCGCGCGGGCGUGGCCAUGCCCGCGCACACUCCCGCGACGACCGCUCCGUUGUCGGUCGCUCCUUGACCAUUUCACCGUCACGCGCCGCGAGAGCUAGGACCUACUCGGGCACCUCGGUCCCGAUCCGUGACCGCACGCUCUUUGUGGCCGGCCGCUCGCCGCGCUCGCCAGGCGGCCACUCGCCGCGCUACUUUUCGCCGUCCGAGUCUGACGACGGGCGCUCCGACCAGUUCUCGGUUGCCUCGUCGCCCUCGGAGCACUCGCUGCUCAUCCCAACCGCAGCCGGUCUCGGAGGUGCCGCCUCUGGUGCGUCGUCGACCGGCGGCGGAUCGAGUGAUGCCGGUGCCGCCGCAGCGGGGCCAGCGCGCAAACCAGGCUCGACAGCAGCCCGCGUCUACGACGCCGACAACCCGUUCAAGCCGCUCACCCAGCAAGGCCGCAACGCGUCACGCCGGCGAUGGACCCACAUCGCGCCGGCGUCGGCCCAGGUGGUGGCGCAAACCUCGGGUUGUGCCUCGUUUACCCCAUCGGGCCCCAACUGGCUCUCGCUCUGCUCGCCAGCGCUCCUCCCGCUCACCACCGACUUUUACCCCGACUCGUCGGAGCUGCGUCAGCGCGGCUUCCAGCAGCGCCCGCACUCGGUCACACCCGACCUUGACGACGUCAAGUACGCCGCUAUGAGCGCCAUGAUGAAGGAGCUAGUCUCACAGCGGCUCGCACAGGGCUUCCAGCUCUACGUUCCCGACGCUGCUGAAGCCACCAAGUCGGCGCACACGGCACUCUUUCCGUGGCUCGCCGGUCGCGGCGCAGCAUCCAACUCGCCGCCUAAGAUCCCUGCAAGAACCACCUCGCGCAUUUCGUCGCGCCGGCUCACUGCGUCGUCGCGGCGGCAGGCCCGCAAGCUCCUCGCCUCGCCCGAGCCCGGCGCCGACGGCGGCGGCUCGGCCACCGUCAAGAUGUCGAUCGGCCAGACGUAUCACGAAAUCACCGAGGGCGACAACGAGACCAUCCAGGUCACCAUCCACGGCCUCCCGCCCGACUCAGACUACCUCAAGUCGAUGCGCUUCGACUACGAGUACUACACCUGGACUCUGCUCUCAGACGCGUACGUCGUCAGCCGAGUCGAGCUCACGCCGCACCUUCUCUCCGAGUACGACUGGAACGCGCAGGACAACAUGGUUUCCGGCAUGCUUGAGCCGAGCCAACCGCAGGUCACGCCGCUCGCCUGGUGGCGCGUCCGCCUCGCCCUUGUCCCAGACCUCGACUCGGCCCGCGAUCCCGAGACCGCCGCCGGCGCCUUUUCCAAGUUUGUCUCCAACAUUGUGCGGACCGCCCGGUCGGAGCAGCAGACCGCGCUCGCCGUCCGCGUCGCGCCGUCGGUCUCCGGCGCCGCCGUCGGCGUCUACCGCGGCCGCUCCCGCGGCCGUCACCGCUCGGGCUCAACCGCUACCGCGCCACGCUCAGGCGAAGACAUCACCACCGGCUUCCGCAUCUCACUCCUCUACCCAUACCUCAAGUUCACCUGCGGGGUCGGCGAGUUUGGCGCGGCGCUCGGCGAGUACGUAGCCAUGCGCGACGCGUGCGGCGAAGUCCUCCACGCUGUCGCCCACCGGGUCUCCCACGUCGCCGCCACCACCCGCGUCGAAUCAGUCCCGGACACCAUUUCAGCGUACUACUGGGGCUUGCUCUCGCACGUGGCGGCGUGCCUCGCCAAUGCUGCCGGCGACAUCGCCAUCUCGGGUGCGAGUGUGAUCACCACGCUCAAGACUAACAUGUGCCUCGACGCGCGGCUGGAUGCUGCGGCGCUGGCAGCCGUCUUUGUCGACCGCGGCUGGCUCGAGCCGCUGCGUGGUGCCGUUCACGCCGCAGCUGCGUCGGGCACUGUUGCCACCGCUGCCGUCACGGACGCCGCAUCAAGUUCGUACAGCUGGGCGGUGGCCGGCCCGGCAAAGCCGCUGGCGGAGCUUGCGCAGCUCCGGGUCUUGCCCGAGCCGUCGACUGUGGCCCUACCCAACGGUGACAUUGACGUCCCGGAGCUCCUUGCCAAUUACUUUCCGUCGGCCGCCGACGAGGCUGACAUGGCCGCCUCGCCGGCGUUCCGGCUCGUCGACCUCGAUGCGCUCGACUCAACCGGCCGGCCCGAGUGGCUUAAGAUCGAGUACGAGGGCGCGUACUGGCCGUCCAAGGUCUGGCACAUGGAGCUGCAGUGGCUGGUUGCGUCGGGCGUCUCCAUCCGCGAGUUUCUCACCUCGUGCACUCGCCGUGCGCGACAGUGUGGGUUUUCUCUCGUCCAGGUCCCGGUCGGCUCGCGCGGUCGUGAGCGGACGCCGAUCUGGCGGGCGCGGACCCACAUCGGGCUUGACCCGACGCUUGUCGCCGAUCAGCCGCACCUGCUGCCGCUGGUCAAGGCUACGGUACUUGCCCGCUUUGAGUUUCUCCUUGACAACGUCCAGCGCGAGCCCGAGACCGGCACCAUGUCACGAACGUAUCUGCACGUCUCGGGCGUGGCCGUCCUCUACGAGGCCGACGACGGGUUUUGGUGGUCCGGCAAUCCGAUGCAGCCAGACCAGGCGCUGUGGGAGCUCUUCCGUGCCUUUACUGCCUUUUGCGCUGACGCCAACCGCAUUCUGCAACUGCUGUACCCUGCCGACGAGCGGUACACCCUCGCGGCGGCGCACGGAGGGCAUGAGCUCCACACCGAGCUGGUCGCGUGGCUGCGGGCCCGGGCAGAGGCCUCGCUGCGGCAGGGCGCGCUGUUUGCGGUCCAGGCCCGGCGCCUGGGCGUAACCGAGACGCUGCUCAACUCGUUCCGCUCCGGCGGGCGGUCGCGCAAAGUUGAGGGCGCGCUCCUUGCCAUGUACGGGGGUGGCGAGGCAGUCCGCGAGCUGGUCCUCGACGAGUUUGAUGCCCGCGACCUGCCAGGCGGCCAGGAGCCGUCGGUGGCCAAGCUCUCGGACGAGCUCUGUAACUGGCUCCGCGAGCAGCUGGUCCGCGUCCCGGACCGCAAUGAGCUCGCCAAGCGACUCGGCGUUUCACCGGUCCUCCUCCAGAGGUUCGCCACCGGCCGCCGAGUCAAGCUUGUCGAGAACAUGCUCCUCCUUCACUUUGGCCGAGCUGUCCAGAUCGACGAGGAGGCUGAGGCUGCCGCCGCCGCUGCCGCCUCUGCUGCCGCAGCUGCUGCAGACGUAGCGGCCGCACUCGCGGCCGGCAAGAUUGAGGCUGCCGGCGACGCUUCGCGGCUGGUUCUCUACUACACCCUCUCGGGCAUCGACUGGGACAUGCAGGCGCAGCUGUUGUCGGGCUCGUCAUGAUUGCGUAUGUGCCUCUGCCCGCGCCCAUGACUUUGCAAUCCGGGCUGCCACAAACACCUCCGGUCGCCGCGCAGUCCACAUGCUCGCCAGCUGCGGGUCGUCGAGCCGC